AGCCAUGUUGCUUUGAGAGCACAGAGGCCCCGCUUUCCGCGGCGGCCUCGCCGCAGAGACCACUGCGGCAUGUAUCAUGGCGGACGGCGCAGGUCCCCAUCACCUCCAAUAAAUGGACGGUCAAGACUCGCAGUCAGAGAUGAACAAAGAGAUGCCGCUGCAGCGCAGGAGGUCCCGCUCCCGGGGGCCUGGGCGCCGAUGGCCAGCUUGCAGCCGCAGGCCUUGGCCUCGAGGCAUUCCUUCGCGGCGGGCGCCGAUGGGUCGCUGCUGAGCAUUAGCGGUGGAAGUUUGUUCGAGACGACACUGGAGGGCCAUCAACAACUUCAGUUGGGCCCACGGCCCCGGCCACUGACCUGUUUGGCCAACUCGCCCUGUGGGAAGUGGUGGGCCAUCGGCGAGUCCUGCUUUGGCGGCCGCCCGGGGCAGGUGAUCAUCAUGGGCUGCGAGAAAGCACCGGAAGCCUCUUUGCCCGUGGGGGUGCGCCGCACGGCCAAGCACAUUUGCUGGGCCGCCAACGGUGAGUUGAUAGCGGCCGUGGUGGAGUUUGAGUCAGAACAGGCGCCAGGGGAGCAGCAACUUGUUGUUUGGUCCUGGCCAUCGGGUGAACGCCUGGCGAGCACCAGUUGUGGCCGUGGUAUACAGGACAUUUGUGGCUCCCCUGAGAGUGCACUGCUGCUAACCGUGGGACCCGGCGGCGCGAAGCUUUGGACCCUGAUGCGACAGGAUUCCAUCUCGGCGACCAUGAAGAUUGGGAUGAAGGCAGCGCUGGGCCUCCCCUUGCGCCUGCUGGGUCGCCAGUUGCCAGCACCCAAACACCGCAGGAAGGAGGACUCCUUGGUGGCGGUGGCGUGGGGCUUGGAGAGUUGCCUCUUCCUGGUCACGCGCUCGGGGUCUUUGGGUGUGACUUCCUGCGACACGAGCUCGGGGUCUUUGGGCGCCGGCGCGGGCACGUGGCGAGAGAUGGGGCGCCGAGCCUUCGCGUUGGCUUGGGCCCCUGCCUUUGCAGGGCCUUUGCGUGUCGGCCCAGCAGGGCUCCUGGCGCUGGGCCUGGCGGGGCGCGUGGAGAUCCUCGACGCCGCUGACAUGACCACCCUUUGGACGCUCGAGUCUUUGGGAAAUGGCCCUCAGGCGGAGGCUGUGGGCUUCGCCAGUAACACGGCGCUUGGCAGCCUUUGGGUCCUGUAUGCGGAUCGCUCGCUCUCCUACUUCGACGAGCCGAACGGCCGUUCGGAUGCCGCCUGCUGGAGUCUCCCUGGUGCGGUGAGCGAUCUGCGGUCAGCGCAGGGGGUGCCAGGUCAUCUCCUCACAAAGGUGGUGACCUCCGGUCCAUCGAGUUUACAGCUCUGGGGUCGCCUGCUACAAGGGGACCUGCGCUUGGAGGCACAAGAAGAGUUGCCCAACGCCUCAGUGACUGCAGUGGCGGUGUCUCCCUGGUUGAUGGCCUGUGGACUCUCCAAUGGUGAGAUCCGCUUGUUCGCCACACUGCACGAGCUGCGGCCACUGGGCGUGUUGCCGGUGAAGCAUGCGGCGGAGGUGACUGGCCUGAGCUUUGGCCACUGGAAGCCGGCGAGUCUGCGGCCCAUGAUCUUGGCCUCAGUGUCGCACGAUAGGAGUGCCCUGGUGUUCAACAUCGAUUUGCAGGGGGACGGCGGCAUCAACGGAAGCCAGGCGAGCCUGCUGCUGCACCUUCAGCACCAUUCAGGGCCGGUGCAUCACGUCUGCUUGCUGACCUGUCCGCUCGAGCUGACGGCCGACCCUGACGCGUCCACUAGCACCAGUGAGGUCUUCCGGAUGGUGGUCUGCACUGAGGAGCAGCUGAUUUGGCGCGAGUUGGAGUACAAGGAUGGCUUCACCACUGUCCACAGGAGUGCUCGUCAGCAAGCCGCACGGGGUGCGAAGUGGGUGGGCGCCGCGGCGGACGAGCAGCGCGGCGUCUUCUUCGCAGCCUGCAGCAAUCGGCGGCUCAUUGAGCUGGAUCGCGCCGGUCGCCGGGUGCACGAGCUGCGGCUGGCUGGAGGCAAUGCCGUGGAGCUAGUGGGGCCUGUGCACUUCAACAGCUCCACCCAGCUCUUAGCCGUUGUCAUGAAGGGUGCGGCAGGUGUCCUUCUGUGCGACACCCGCAGCACCGAGCGCGGUGCGCGGCUCGCCCCGCGGGCGCGGCUGACGGCGGGGCAACUGGAGCCCCCCAGCGGGGUGACGAUUUUGCCGGGCGAGCAGAUCUUGGCCUGUUGGUUGGAUGGGACCAUGUUGAGCUGGCGGGCUCCAGAGAAGCAGGUCCGCCAGGUGAGUCGGCAGAGUGACCGGGAAGUCCGCCGCCCGCUGGCCUCGCCCCACGGCCUUGGAACGCGCCUGGCCACCGCGCGGAAGUUGAGUGGCAGCCCGGAGCCCCGCGGCAAAGGCGCCGCACGCGGCGACGCUCCGCGCUUGUCCUCCGUGCGGGGGGCACGGGCUGCGUCAAUGGCAGUGUCCAGGGGCGGCGUUGGCUGGUUCAGUGCACGGAGUGAAGAGAAGAUGGUGGAGACGAAGACGGUUGCUCCAUACACAGCUCGACAAGCUCCGACCCGACCGAGAUUUGCACCAGCGCAGGCGAAGGAGCCCCCGGGCGAGCCUCGCACCGAGGGUCUUCAAGAGCUCAGGCGGCUCUUGGCUUCUUCGCCGAGUCCCCCUCGCUGGGCAGAGACUUCGGUGGUGGAGGGUGACCUCGCUCCACCCGCGGGCGGCGAAAGUGCUGCGGGCGCUCCAAGUGGAGCACCGCUGGGGAAGUGGGCGCGUGGCAGUUUGGUAGGCGCCCAAGUCCGUUCAGCGUCCGACCUGCAGCGCGUGGGGCCGCGGGAGGAGCGCUGCGACGGGAGCCAUGCGGUGCCGCGCUGCGCCUCGGAGGGUGCGCAGCGAGGGCGCCGCCUCUUCUGCGCCUGUGGUCGUUGCGGUGCAAAGCCUCGGCUGCCGCCAAAGCCACUGUUUCCUCCACCGACCACAGUUCCUGCGGUCCCCGCGGAGUCGACGUUAGACCUCAGUGGCAUGUCCAGCAGCAGCGCGGGCGGAGUCGGCGUUCGAGCCUCCAACGGGCUCGCGACGCAGGUGCUUGGCCUCGCCUCCCUGCCGACCCCCUGCCGCGGACCGCGUUCCGGUGCACUGGAGCGGGGCGUGGACCGCGUGCAGCGACCGAACAGCCUCAAGGAGUUGGUGAGCUCCGUGGUGACUUUGCGAAAGCGCCUGGCAGGGGCACCCGCCCACAGAGAUGAGGCAGAGGCCUUGCUAGCUCCACUCCAGAGGUUUGAGUCCUUGCUGCGUUCCCAAAUGAAAGACAGCCUCCAGAUGUAAAGAGCAGAUCUUUGCACGAAUUGUGUGGUUUUUUGUGCAUUAAUUCAUUGACUCAGAUGCCGAUCGAUUCCCGACUUGCUGCAGAAAUCGCGGCAGAAGCGUUACGAGCUGAGCGUCACUAAUUCAGGUUGGCGGCAUAGGUGAGAGAGAUUGUGAGACACAAUGUAUAGCUGCAAGUCUGCACUAUGCGGGCAGUUGAAAAAA